UUCUCCUACCACAUUGCCGCGUCUUUUAUCGCAAAGGACCGUCCGUACGACCCGUCGACUCACGUGUUCCACUUCAACCCAUACAACCGAAUCCAGCCGCCUCGCCACCGUCGAAAAUCCUCGCGACCCGAAUCUGGCCAUGAUGCUUUCUUCGUGAGCCGAGUUAACGAGUCUGGCUCUGUAGCCUUUGGUGUUGCGGAUGGAGUAGGCGGUUGGGUGGACUCCGGCGUCGACCCAGCUGAUUUCUCACAUGGAUUCUGCGACUAUAUGGCAGCUGCGGCAUACGAAUAUCCCGCGGCAAGUGACAAAGCUCUCACAGCGAGGAAGCUCAUGCAGAUGGGAUACGACGCGGUUUGCAAGGAUCCGAAUGUGCCUGCUGGCGGCAGCACGGCUUGUGUCGCGAUUGCCAGACCCGGAGGUGUCUUGGACGUGGCCAACCUGGGCGAUUCGGGCUUCUUGCAAUUGCGCUUGAACGCAGUGCAUGCUUAUUCCGAACCACAAACUCAUGCCUUCAACACGCCGUUCCAGCUUUCAGUCGUACCUCCUAGCGUUGCUGCCCGAAUGGCGGCCUUUGGGGGAGCACAACUCAGCGAUUUGCCGCGGGAUGCCGACGUAACGCAUCACCAAUUGCGCCAUGGCGAUGUUCUCGUCUUUGCUACUGAUGGCGUGUUGGACAAUCUCUUCAACCAGGAUAUUCUCCGAAUCGCGAGCCGGGUCAUGGUCAAAAGCGGCGCAUGGAACAUGGCUGCCAACGAAGCAGUCACCGUGGCCGAUUCUCUGGAUAAUCUAACCGCCUCUCCACACGACGGCAACACCCAGGACGCAAUAAUAAGAAAAGCUGUGACAUUGCAAAGUCUGUUGGCGACGGAACUCGUGACGGCUGCCAAACUCGCGAGCGUGAACACGAAGAGGGACGGACCCUUUGCCAAGGAGGUGAAGAAGUACUAUCCCCAGGAAGGAUGGCACGGAGGAAAAGUCGACGACAUUUGCGUUGUCACUGUCGUCGUCUCGGAAGAUGCAGCC